UCCUCCUCAUAUACAACCCGUCUCAAGACUCGGUGGUGGACUGCGAGUGAAGGAAAGAGAAUCAUGGGUUCCGAUAUCGCCACCACCACCCCAUAAAAAGAAACCCUCGCCUGCCCACAAAAACCCUACCAUGUCUUCCCGUUUGGCCCCUCCUUUUCAUCUCUAUUUACCUAUUUUGUGCAACUACCUCUCUCCUGGAAGUUCCUUGGUCGGAGCCAACCACACCUCCGCUCGUUUCUGCUCUCGCUAAUCUCCGCCUUUCCCCCUUUCUCUCAUACUACAGUUUUUUGGGUAUUUUCUCAAUCUUUUCAAAAGAGGGUGCAACAUAACAAGCAUGGAGCCUACCACAGGGAAGCCUGGCUGUUUGAGGAACGUUCUGGUACGGUUGCUUUUGUUCGGCGUUUUCGUCAUCGUGGUCCGAUUUGCCUACGUUGUUACGAUAACCGGAGAGUCUUGCAACGUCGGGGACUUCUGUUUCUUCUCGUUGCCGGAGACUUUCAACUUCGUCAUUGCCGGCGCCGGCCCCGGAGCCUCGGCCAUUGUUGCGAGCGACGUCGUGAAGGCGACAAACGGCGGGGAUCUCUACACGAGCAAGGACUGGAUCGAGGCCGUUCAUUACUACUCCUCGGUGUUCCAGGAUCUGAUCACCGAGGACCGCCUCUCACCGGAAUCGAAGGCCUUGUGCGUGGAGUCCCCGACCGGACAGGACGUCUACACCCUGAGACAGAUCGGAGUGAAGGACUCGAUCGGAAUUUUCAAGAAGGCCUCGCGGCCUUUGGUAAUCAAGGCCCUCCCGAACAAAAUCCCUUUCGGCGACGACACCUUUGACUUCGUUUUCUCCGGCGGGGCCCGCCUCGACAAGGCCUCCCGGCCGUUGGAUCUCGCGGCGGAGAUCGAACGGACGCUGAAACCCGAAGGGUUUCUGGUGGUCCACAUCGGCGCGAACGACACGUAUAGCUUCAAUUCCUUUCUUGAGCUGUUCAAUUCCUGCGAUUUAAUCAAAUCACGCGACAUCGACGGCUUGGAUUCGUCGACGCCUCAAAUACGCGAAGUUGUUCUGCGAAAACGGGUGGAAACCAAUAAUCUUGGCAGCGAGUUUGAGAAGCCCGAACCGGAUUACAAUUCGGAGAACAAGUGCUUGGUUCCGGGGCAUAAGCGAAAGCUGGUUCGAAACGCGGAGCCGUUGAUCACGGAGGAGCCAUUGAAGCCGUGGAUCACGUUGAAGAGGAAUAUAAAGAAGAUAAGGUAUUUACCGUCAAUGGCUGAUAUAAGCUUUAAGAAUAGGUAUGUGUACAUUGAUGUUGGGGCUAGGAGUUACGGGUCUAGUAUAGGAAGUUGGUUCAGGAAGCAAUACCCAAAGCAAAACAGAACCUUCGAAGUGUAUGCGAUUGAGGCGGACAAGGCUUUUCACGAGGAGUAUAGGAUGAAGAAGAAGGUUACACUGUUGCCUUACGCGGCGUGGGUGAGGAAUGAGACAUUGUUGUUUGAGGUUAAUCACGAUCCGGGCAAGAGCGAUGUCGAUGAUAAAGGUCGAGGAAUGGGUAGAAUUCGCCAUUUGAGCGGCGGGAAUGGCGGUGAGGUGAAUGAGAUUGAGGGGUUUGAUUUUGCGGAGUGGCUGAAGAACACGGUGUCGGAGAAGGACUUUGUGGUGAUGAAGAUGGAUGUGGAAGGGACGGAGUUCGAUUUGAUUCCGAGGUUGUUUGAGACCGGGGCGAUUUGCUUGAUCGACGAGAUAUUUCUCGAGUGUCAUUACAAUCGGUGGCAGAGAUGUUGCCCUGGUGAGAGGAGUCCCAAGUAUGAGAAAACCUACGGCCAAUGCUUGGAUCUUUUCUCUUCUUUGCGGCAAAGUGGGAUUCUUGUUCAUCAGUGGUGGUAACAGCAACUAUACACAUUCUCUUGUGACAUCUUUUUCUUUGUUUUUUUUUUUACAGUUGAAAGGUUGUAGUUUUCUCUUGUUUUUUUUUUUUUUUUUUUAAUUUUGAUGUCAAGGGUUGUAGCUGAAAAUGAAAUUUUAUUUGUUCAUUGUUCUUCAUUUGUUUAAAGCUGAACACAAUUUGAAAGUGCUUUAAUUUCUUCUUCAA